CAAAUCUUUGAUGUUUGCUUGUGCGAAAAUUCAAUUUUAGUUGCAUUUUGGAACUGAAGUGUGCUUCAACAUGACAGCGGCUAGAUUGAUUCUCUUCUAUGCUGUGGUGGCUGUGCUGGCAGCCAGCUGCUCGGCUGGCUUAUUGGAUCAGCUUAUUCCCAGAAUAACAGCCAAGUAUUACUCCCAAAUGCCUACCAAGGAUGGUUAUCGAUUCGAACAGAAGGAGCCAAAUGGCAGCUCACGCGAGGAGGUUGGCAUCAUAAUGAAUCCAGGCACACCCGACGAACAGUUGGUUGUGAUGGGCACCUACUCCACAUACGAUGAGAAAACUGAUACGGAAAGUAUUACCAUGUACACGGCCGAUAAGGGCGGCUACAAUACACGUUACACACUUAAGAAGCGCAAGCUGAGCGCAAAUGCUCUCAAGUCUCUCGCAAAAGGCUAAGAGUUGAG